AUGGCGUUCCUCGCCUGCGUGCUGCUACUCGCCGCUCUCCUCUCCCCCGCCACCGUGAUCACCGGCGCCGCCACUACCACGGCUCUGGAUGGCGCUCAUAGCAGCAGUGUGGUGACUAAGCGCCUGUCGCGGCGUGCUUUGACAGAUGCCACAUUCGUCGCAGAAUUUCGUCGUCCGUCCGUCGCUCGUCGCCUGAGCGCCGAGGUGGCGCAGCCAGCCGCAGCGAGCCCGCCGGGCGAUGUGAAGCUCGCACCCUCGCAAUUGUCGGCGCUGGUGGCGCUGACGGGGUGGGAAGCGGCGGAGAUGUGCUCCCAGUGGAUGGGCGUCAUAUGUGACGGCAGAGGCAUGGUCACCGACAUGAACCUGGGCGGCCAGGGCCUCGCGGGCCCCAUCCCCAUGGACGCAUUUUGCAACCUCACCGCUCUCCAGGAACUUGAACUCUCCUUCAGCCCUUUGACCGGCAGCCUGGAGUUUCUUGACUGCCUGCCCGCCUUGCAAUACCUUGAUCUGCACGCCACUGAGCUGACUGGGGAGAUCCCCGUCUCCCUCGGCAAAGCCACCGCCCUCUCAUACCUCGAUCUCUCCUUCAACGGUUUGACCGGCAGCCUGGAGUUUCUUGACUGCCUGCCCGCCUUGCAAUCCCUGUACGCCCCCGUUCUUCUGCACUUCACUUCUCCUUGUGUACUGGAUCCCCUUUUGAAAACUCUCAAGAUUGCGCGGCUGUUCAUUCCAUUCCUCCCUCAUAUGCCCGACGCUCAAUCGCUUUUGUAUUAUCCCCUCAUACCCUUGGUCUCACGCAAGCGCACUCAACUCCCCAUCUGUCCUCCCCACCACACCACACACGGCAGCGAUCUGCUCGGCACUGCGCUGACUGGGGAGAUCCCCGCCUCCCUCGGUAAAGCCACUGCCCUUACAUAUCUCUCCCUCGGACACAUCGACCUCGCUGCAGGAGAGCUCCCUGCCUCUCUCUCCGCCCUCACCAAUCUCGCCCACCUGUACGUAACGGCCAGAGUCAGGAGGCGCAACUCUCACAUUCCUUUAGGCUCUAGCAAUCCUCUCACGUCACUCUCACGUUGUCGACCCCUCGUUGCACUAUUGCACUGCACCACCCACCCUCCAUGCUCUCUGCACAUCCCCCACCGUCCUAUUUCCACACCACCCACUAUGUUCUCUCCUCAUCAACCACCUUGCUCUCUCCCCACCACUCGCCUUACUCUCCCUCCUCUCCCCAGGGAUGUGACAGCACCCGACAGCCUCACCACCUUGUUCUCCCCCGCGCGCUCCUCGCCGUUUCCAGCCGACUGGACAGCUCUCACCAGCCUCAACACCCUGAGGGCAGCGGGCAACGGCUUCUCAGGCUCCCUCCCCACCACCAUCUCCACCCUCACCGCCCUCUCAGAGCUGGAUCUCUCCCAGAACGCCCUGGUUGGCUCGCUGCCUGUGUUGCCCUCAUCUCUGGUUAGCCUCUCGCUGAGCCACAACGCCCUGGAGGGCCCCUUCUCCGCCUCUCCUGCUGCCCCGCACCUCCUGGAGGUCAUGAAACUGAGCCACAAUCGUUUCACAUGGCCCACUCCAGCAUCAUUCUCAGGCCUUGCUGCCCUUGCCAUUCUGGAUGUGAGCUACAACGAUCUGUCAGGGCCCAUCCCACCAUCCUUGGCAAACCUUCCUGCGCUCGUCAAUGUGGACAUCAGCCAGAACGCUCUCUCGGGCGGCCUGGACGUGCUUGCACGCAUGACCAACAUCUCCACCCUCAACAUCGGGUCGUGCAACUUGUCAGGCGCCUUCCCUGCUCCCCUUGCACAGCUCGCCCUCGCCGAACUAGACAUAUCCAACAACAGCUUCACAGGGCCCUUCCCCUCCGCCAUUCUUUCCGCACCGCAGUACAGAAAGCUCAAUCUAUCAGCCAACAACUUCUCUGGACCACUGCCCGCACAACUCACAACGCUCACAACACUCAACAGCUUUGACAUCUCUCACAAUCAGUUCACUGGAGUGGUGCCCCCUGCCGUCUUCACCCUGCCUUCGCUAACAGCCCU